AAUCGAAAAAGAAAAAAACAUCAGUAGCCAUUCUUCUAUCUCUCACCACUAGUACUAAAAUAUACAUUUCAUUUCACGUGUUUAUCGUUCUUUUUUUUUGUAAAUCAAAAGAUCCUUUCGUCGGCAGUGGUAAUUUCUUUUCAGAAAAAGAGACCAUACCUAAAACAGGAGCUAUAUGAAUGAGAUUGCCCAUUUCAUAUUGAAUGUCAUGAAGAGAUAAUUUGGAACACAAUGCAUCUAUGUAAUAUCAUAUGACUCUUCUUUCACAAAAGAAAAAUUUUCAAACCAAGAGAAAGAAGUUCAAUCGGAACGAUGAGUCAACACAAGAACCUGUUCGUUCCUUCAUUUAAAACUGAUCAAGAAGAGGAAGACGUUGAACGCAAGACGACCGGAAACGGAGGCGGCAUCGGUGGUGACGUCUGGAAGUUCAAAGGCAACAAAGCGGCCAAGGGAGCGGCUAAUGUCUCAAUGAAAGGUACCCUUACUAGGUUAUUCGACUGCUGCAGCAAAGACGUUAACAAGACCAUUUUGCCUCUGGGUCACGGCGACCCUUCCGUCUACCGUUGCUUUCAAACUUCCGUUGAUGCUGAGGACGCGGUGGUUGAAUCCUUACGGUCUGGCGCCGCCAACUCUUACGCCCCGGGGGUCGGUAUUUUACCGGCCAGGAGGGCGGUUGCAAAUUAUCUGAACCGGGACCUUCCUCAUAAGAUGAAAUCAGAUGACAUAUUUAUAACGGUGGGGUGUUGCCAAGGGAUAGAGACAAUGAUCCAUGCCCUCGCCCGACCCAAGGCCAAUAUCGUUCUCCCAACUCUAAUUUAUCCCCUAUACCACAGUCACGCAAUCCAUAGCCUAGUCGAGAUUCGCAAGUAUAAUCUCCUUCCCGAUCUAGACUGGGAGAUAGAUCUUCAAGGCGUCGAGGCCAUCGCAGAUGAAAACACCAUUGCCCUGGUGAUAAUUAAUCCUCACAACCCAUGUGGAAAUGUCUACACAUAUGAACAUCUAAAGAAGGUGGCUGAGAUGGCGAGAAAGCUAGGAAUAAUGGUCAUUUCUGAUGAAGUUUAUAACAAAACUAUUUAUGGUGAGAAUAAAUUUGUCCCCAUGGGUAUAUUUUCAUCUAUUGCCCCUGUGGUUACACUCGGGUCCAUAUCCAAGGGAUGGUUCGUUCCCGGCUGGCGAAUUGGCUGGAUCGCAAUGAAUGAUCCUGACAACGUUUUCAAAACUACCGGGGUCGUUGAAUCCAUCAAGGAACAUCUCGACAUAAGUCCAGAUCCAUCAACAAUUCUACAGUUUGCACUUCCAAACAUCUUGGAGAAGACAAAGAAAGAUUUCUUCGACAAAAGUAACUUAAUCCUGAGUCAAAACGUAGAUUUGGCGUUCGAUGCUCUCAAGGACAUUCCUUGCCUCACCUGCCCCAAGAAACCCGAGUCGUGUACUUACUUAGUGACAAAAUUGGAUAUAUCCCUCUUAGAAGACAUCACGGAUGAUUUUGAUUUCUGCAUGAAGCUAGCCCGAGAGCAGAAUCUCGUCCUUCUACCUGGGGAGGUAUUAGGACUAAAGAAUUGGGUGAGAUUCUCGAUAGGAGUGGAGAGGUCGAUGCUAGAAGACGCUUUCGUGAGGCUCAAAGGCUUCUACGCUCGCCAUGUUAAAACACAACUCACUUAAAAGAGAACUCAGCAUCAAUAACACUAUAUAUGUAUUUUGUAUUUCUCAUGUUUCGUUUUCCUUUUGAUUGUGUUUGAAUCUUUAAGGUUAACUGUGUUCGUGUCAGCGUGUGAAAGCUGAUACGUUGGAAGUCGGGACGUCGUUUUAGGCGGAGUAUCAAAGAAACAGAAAAAUGAUGGCGCAAGCUUUUUCUUAAAGUAAAGAAGAAAAAAAGAUGGUGGCGCAAGCCGCAAUGGAGUAUAAUAAAUUUUAAAAUAUUGGAUUUGGGGUUGGUGAUAUAGAAUAUGUGAGUAUAAAAUAUAUAUUUAAAAUACAAAUUCACAGUCAAUUUCAGAAAAAGAUAUCUAAGUUUCAGUUUUA